GAACAUGUAUAUGGCCUCCGUGUAUAUAGGUAUAUAGUAGGUGUUCUCUGGUAUAGUUUUGUUCUCUGAUGUGCUUGAAGUAUGCACGCAGUAGUGAGUUUGGUCAGUUUAGCUGCAACCGUUGCUAAAACCAAGGUGACGCCCGGUUUUCCCGGUGCUUGAAGUACUGCAACCGGCUGCGUACAAGUGGCACAAGCCUACAAGCACUACGAGUUUGCCUUGUGCGCUUGGGAGAAGAGAUGGCGCACGCUGCUGAAGUGUCUCCGCUGCUGGGAAAUGCUUCCGGCGAAAGUUAUUCGUCGGUCUAUCCUACAGCUCCAUCUCGAGAAGACUCCCCACCUCCGUCAUAUGACGAUGUCAGUUUUAUGCCUACCAGGGUAAAGGCAUGUGAUGUUUGCAACUACCAGAUUGACAUAGUAAAGCAUCCGAACGACUAUGUUGUUAAGUGUCCACGCUGCAGUGAAGUUACAGCUUUGGGCAACCCCCCAAAAGGGAAAAGGUACAUACGGUGUGGUUGCAACAAGCUGUUGAUGUGUGUUAAAAGUGCAACCAGCAUAACAUGCUCGAGACCUGGCUGUGGGGCUGUCAUAAAGCCUGAAGAUAAUGCCGGAGCAAAAGCAAAGACACAGCAGCCAGCAAGACGUGGCAGAGAAGAACUUGCUGAACCACGUACCGAGCGUUCAUACCGGUUUAUUUGUGGCCAUUGUCAGAGUGUUUCAGUGGUUGACACAGCGCCUUCGUCUCAUUUUCGCUGCAGACAUUGUGGAAAACGAUCUUCAGUUAAUCGCUCCAAUAUGAAGGCUAUUUUUCUCAUUUUGGUUGGAGCAGUUCUUGUUGCAGGUGUGAUGAUUUUCAUGGUAUCUACCAUGAUGCUGAAGCACAAUUCGGGCUAUUGGUGGGCAUACCUAUUGGGGCUUGCCUUGGCUGAGGUCUUCAUUUUUUAUGGCCUUUGGCUGCUCUUAAUGAAGAAAAGCACAGUUGAAGUGCGAUAACAAGCAGGCCUACCACACUGACCAAACAAGUUCUAGAGGAGGAACUCCAGAAUUGUCGCCUCCACAAUGCCUAUCAGCGACGUAACUACUGCAUUAACUUGUAGCAUUCUCAAGAUAUUUAUUGUCAGUGUUGGAGAAGCAUGUGAAUAAAGUUUCGUAUUUUAUUGCUCUGUCUGGCUGAAA